UGUAUUUUCCAACUGAAGCACCAGAAAUGCCUCCAACUGGCUGAAGCGCUGGCAAAUAAGUAUCUGGAAGCGAGCUUCUUACGUUCCAUGCCAAUUUUAUUUUUGUUACUCAACGAAUUGAUAUAUUUACGGCCUAGUUUAGAGCUUACAAUUAAAUAAAUACUUCUACAUUUUACAAAGCCACUUUCUAGUUAUAAUAUUUCUCAUAUUAGUAGGCAUUGAUGUGGUAUUCUGCGCUGUAGGAAAAUACAGUGUAACGAUGCCGAGAUGAAGAAGCUGGUGCGAGCCAUCGAGGAAUUGGGGGAAACUAUUGUUUUUUCGCUGUUAAAAACAAGAGGAUAGUAACAGGAUGAUUGUAAAUGAUGAAAAAACUGAAACAGGUAGAUAAAUGACGACGUCGCGCGGCCGACGCAUGCACACCGGCGUACGACGUGCAGGAAUGAAGGAGACGUUAAGUAACGCUGCUGCUCUGGUCGUCCUCGUGCUGGCCGGCGCCCUCGCCAGCCCCCCGUCCUCAAAUGUUGGUACUAGUCCGUCGCCUUUACUUGAGGGGAUUAAACCCUCGCCCUCACAUGUUGGGACUAACCCCUCGCCCUCACAUGAGAGGACCAAUACCUCAUCUUCACAUGAGGUGACCGAUCCCUCGCCCUCACAAGAGAGGACCAGCCCCGCACACUCAAAAGAGGGGACCGACUUGAAGAGAGAGGUGCAACGAACCUCCGUAGCAGCGGACCAGAUUCCCAAUGCGGCGGCACAGGCCGACGAUGAUGGGCGAGACAAGCCCAUCCUCGCGAGGCUGGGGGAGCACGACAGGCUCGCGGGGCAGGAUGAGGAUCAGAAGGCUGAACAAAGAAAGAAGUUCUUCCUGUGGGCGAGCUACACCACCACCACCAAGUUCAAGCUCUCCCUCACCACCUCCUCUGUCCCCGCCACUUGUUUCAACGGUUCGUAG